AAAAGUACACAUUUUUCGGUAAACUUCCGGUAUCAGGGACUCAGUUAUCUGUAAAAUUUGACUAUAGACAGACAGUACACCGGCGGCAUCUACUGGUGAAACUACUUUUUUUUUGUAGGUUCUGUGUAUAAACAUCGUCCCAAUUUGAAUUGCUGUUUUAGUCAUAUCUCUGAGAAUAUGAAGUGUGUAAUAAUCAGUCUGUAGUACGUAGCUUCAAUUUUACUAAUCAUAGCAUUCAUUAUUUACAAAUAUUCAUUUCUUAGGAACCACGAAUCAGUGUCUCAACAUGUGCGAAAAUAUAUUGCACCCAUUACGGCUACGAGAUUUAGCUAGGCAGUGGCUUUUAGAAGAUACAAGCAAUUUUAAUAUUGGAAACAGUAUUAUUGGGGACAGUGAGAAUGAAUUUACUAUUUACAUGAAAAGUCCUGGAAUUUUAGCUGGUAUUCCAUUCGUUAAUGCAGUAUUCAAUGAACUUGAUUUAACACCGCAAUGGCUUCACAGAGAAGGGGAAGACUUAAAACCGGUAACAGAAGUAGCAAAAAUCAAUGGCCCUGCGCGAAAUUUAUUAUUAGCAGAACGUGUUGUUCUGAAUAUAUUAAGUCGCUCCAGUGGUGUAGCAACAUCGGUUUCAAAAAUGUCUAGAGCUUUGGUUGAAGCUGGCUGGAAAGGUAUUCUUGCCGGAUCUCGGAAAACAACACCUGGUUUUAGAAUGGUGGAGAAAUACGCUCUUUUAAUUGGGGGUGCCGAUAUGCACAGAUACGAUUUGUCUAGUAUGAUUAUGUUGAAAGAUAAUCACAUAUCUAUAUAUGGAUCAAUACACAAGGCUAUUGAAGAGGUUCGCAAAUAUAGUUCUUUUGCACUCAAAAUAGAAGUUGAAUGUAAUUCCUUAAAAGAUGCAUUGGAAGCGUGUAAAGCCAACUGUGAUGUAGUCAUGCUGGAUAAUUUUCAACCAGAGGAAUUAAAGAAAACAGCAUUAACACUCAAAUUACAGUUUCCAGAUAUCUUGAUUGAAGCUAGUGGAGGUAUUUCAAUGGAAAAUGUAACAGAUUAUGUAAAUCCAUGGAUAGAUAUAAUAUCAAGUAGUUCAUUAGUACAAGGCUACAAGACUGUUGAUUUUUCAAUGAAAGUAAAAAAAGGAAGGUCAUAAAAAAAUUUUUAAUAAUGAAAUAAAAAAGCCAAAAAAAGAGGUGCUGAUUGGAUUACAGUAUUAGAAGCCCUAAGGUAGGAGUGCUUCAGUCAUUUAUAAAAAAACUAGUUUUUGGAAAAUUUAAUCAAUCAAAAUAAAAUGAAAAUAAACAAUUUCAUUUUGAAUUGCUGAUGAUGAGACUAUAUUUACUGAGAAACAUAGUUCCUAAUCACUUUCUCAUGCAUAGAUUUUUAUUUGUAUUUUUUACACAGAAGAACAUGACUUCUUAAUGAAACUAAAUAAUCUGGACUUCAACAACAAUUUAAGACGUAUGGCCAAAGAAUAAAAUUUGCUAUCUAGCUAUUACCAAAAAUUUCUCUAAUUUGUAUAAAAUAAACCCCAAAUGCAUAUAUUUUCAUAUGUGGUGAAGUUAAAAACAUUUUUAAUCCAACCUACAUACAGAAUUAUAAAACUUAAUACAGUACAGCUGCAGUUCAGUAUUAUGGAGAGAAAUACUAAUUUAUAACUGAAAUCUUAAUUUUGAAAUUAUAUAUAAAUUUUUAUGGAAAUUGUAUUAUUUUCCUUUUAAAGAAAGGAAAAAUUGAGCUUAUAAAAUCAUGUUAUAUUGAUGUUUUAUCUUGAGAGGUCAGUGUCUAAUAUUUUUUAAUUUCAUCUUCACAAACAAAAAAUGAAGAUAUGAAGUUUUUCAUCGUUAUGUUUUUGUAUGCACCGUCAUCAUGUUUGCAUUUUGUUAAAGCACUUAUAAAUGUAGUUCCUAUUUUAAUAUAUGUUGUGCUUAUCAUUACUGUUACUAUAGAUUCAAAUCAACACAAAUGUAUUGAUGCAUAAAGUAUAAAAUAAACCUUUACUAACUAUGUU